AUGGCAACGGAGAUCCCAGCACUAGUAUCCUAUCCGGCUGAGCCCACCACUCUGGCCCCGGACUGGCGAUUUGAAAACAUCAAAAUAAUAUCACGGGGCCCCAAAGAACAUGAGCUCAAGAUCCGGAUGGUGGCGACGGGCAUCUGUCACUCAGAUAUCGCGGUCGCCUCGAUUCCGGGACAGCUGCUUGGAAUCAAGUUCCCCAAGGUGCUGGGCCACGAAGGUGCAGGCGUCGUCGAAGAGGUUGGCCCAGGCGUGACUGUGGCCAAAGUCGGGGAUCCGGUGUUGCUGUCAUACAGCUAUUGCAACAACUGCGACCUCUGCAACAGCCAGCAGCAGCCGUACUGUUCGUCGUGGCAGCUCCUCAACAUCUUUGGCGAAUCGGGCAUCUUCGAGACGACUAAGGGAGAAGAAUUGCCCGCCAAAUUCUUUGGGCAAUCGAGCUUCGCCGCGACGAGCAUCGUCGGCGAGGGGAGCGUGGUCAACGUCAAGGACCUGAUCAAAAGCACCGACGACCUGAAGCUGCUGGCGCCCAUGGGGUGCGGCUUGAUGACCGGGUCGGGGGCCAUCAUGAACGGCGCCUCGGCCAAACCACACGACAUCGUGCUGGUGACGGGGAUUGGCGCAGUCGGGCUCGGGGCCGUCAUGGCGGCCAAGAUCGCGGGUUGCAAGGAGGUCAUCGCCGUCGACCGGGUGGCGCAUCGACUAGAGACCGCCAAGGAGCUGGGGGCGACAAAGGCACUGGACACGUCGACCAUGGACAGCAGCAGCAGUAUUGCCGAGAACAUCCAGAAGCUGGUCGAGGGCCAGCGCAUCUCCAUCAUCAUCGAGACCACGGGGGCGGUCCCCGUCGUCCAGGAGUGCAUCAAGGCCUUGGGACGACACGGCCGACUGAUCCAGCUGGGCGUCCCGCGCCCCGGGUCCCAGAUCACCCUCCCGCUGUCCGAGUUCUUCGGCGCCAACAAGUCGUUCGAGUGCCACUACCUGGGCAACACGACGGGCCAGGCAUGGAUCCCGGUUAUGAUCCAGUGGUGGCGCGAGGGCAGGUUCCCGAUCGAGAAGAUCGUCAAGACGUUCCCGGCCAAGGACGCGCUGCUGGCGCUGCAGGGCAUGGAGGAUGGGAGCGCGAUCAAACCCGUUCUCCUGUGGUAG